AAGAAAAAAAAGAAAGCGAUGGCCUCCAAUGGCUCAAAUCCUGAACUUCCAAGAGCGGGUUAGGAUAAAACCAGAGAUUCCCUCUGAAAGAAAAUCUCCCCAGUGGCGGGACCCACCAAUGAUGCAAGCCUUUCCCAUUCAACUCGGCUGAACUUGCUUCGGAAGCUUAGUGACUUUGACCAUAUAUACCCACCUCACUCUUUCCUGUGCACUUCCAACACUUCCCAGAGCUAUAGAGCACACAGUGAUCAAGAUCAGCUCUAUUCAGAGAGAGAGAGAUGAACUGCGGCGGCUUCAGACUUCCUAUAGGUUUCCGGUUCCAGCCCUCCGACGAGCAGCUGCUGAGUCACUACUUGGAGAACAAGAAUCAGGGCAAGGACUCCCAGAUCACGGCCAUCAUCCCUGAGAUCGAUGUCUGCAAGCACGAGCCUCACGACAUACCUGCACUGGUGUUCACAAGGGCGGAGUUUCUGGAAAAGGAGUGGUUCACAAUGGCGGACUCUCCGGUCAUGGAGUGGUACUUCUUCAGUCCAAGAGAUUUUAAGCACAGCAAGAGCAAGAGCAAGAGACAGAGCACUCUGAUCAACAGGACUACAGGGGAAGGCUCCUGGAAGAAGCAAGGCAAUGACUACAGAAUCACUGGGGCCGAUUCUAAUAAGCAGAUCGGGGGGAAGAGGAUCUUGACCUUCUACCAUUCGAAAAAGGGCAAGACUGACUGGGUUAAACAUGAGUAUUAUCUCACUGAUGCCGAAUCUGGUCAGCAGAUUGGGGACUUUGUUCUCUAUCGCUUGCAGAACAACCAAUUGAAGAACAACCGCUCGAAGAAGAAAUCUAGCAAGCUUGAUCAUGAUCAGCAAAAAACUCCGGGAGGUAAGCCUAGUAGUGGUACCUGCAGUAUGGCCCCCGGCGUUGAAGAUCAAGCAUCCAAAGAACUGGAAAAUGUUCUUCCAAUUCCCCCUGGCGAUGAUGAUGAAGCUGAACGUGAUGGCGGUAGCUGCAGUAUGGCCAUUAAUGUUAAAAAUCAAGCGUCCAAACGGCUGGAAGAUAUUCUUCCCAUUUCUAAUGGCAUUCAUGAUGACACUGAGGAUGGUGGUAACAGCUGCCACAUCGCCUCUGGUUUCAAAUAUAGAGCUGCGGAAUAUGGUGAGCUUACAGAAGCAGAAGAAUACCAGGCAUUCGGGGUGCUGACAGAUGCUAUUUGUGAAUCUGAUGGCAAUGAGAAAGAACUUAAAGGCUUGCAAACUGAUAAGAAUGACCUUUUGGCCUGUCUUGAAGGUCAAUCUGAUAGCUAUAAUUCACCUGUUUCUGAGAUGGUUGAAGGGCUACUUCAUGAGCCAGGAAACCUGGCCUUACUCGAUCGGCCUUUGUCACCUCAACUGCAGUCACCAAUAUACGAAGAAUGUCGUAAGAGGAAAUCUCCAUUUGGGGAUAGUAACCCUUCUCUUACGAAGAAGAAUCAUAUUGAUGAAAUAGGCUCUGAACAUGAAGGUUCAGAUGGGAUUUCAGAGGGAUAUUCUCAAGGAGAGCAUCUGGGGUCUGUACCAUUUCAGUCACAGAACCGAUUAUCAAUAAACAGAGAACCGAGAGAUUUUCCCCAUGACAAUAAUUAUAUUGAAUGGGAUGAUUUGGAACCUUUAUUUGAAGGUUUUGACUCUUCUCUCGCAAAGUUCUCAGAUACAAUUAUUGAUGGAGGUAUCAGUGACAGAAACAUCGAAGUCGCCUAUGCAACGACAAACGAUUGUUUUGCAUUAGCCAUUGGACCUACACUCCAAUGUAGCUAAUCUAACUUUGUUUCUAGGAGAAUACUCACAUUAUGACAGAUGAUGAUAUUCUCCUUCAAAUGGUUCAAAGAUCUCCAAGUAUAUGAAAUGCUCAGCUGUGUUGAUUGACAUACAAUCACAGCUUUUCUGCAUUUCUUGCAAUGGAGGCUUUGGAAACUUCUUAGUCGUUUUGGCUAUAGAUACAACUCAGGACAGCUGAACUGUACCUGUUCUUUUUUUUUUCUUUUUUCUUUUCCGG